GAAAAUUCACUGAGGAAUGACUGACGCAGUAGCCAAUACUCAGUUCACAUUGAAUCAUAAAAAAAGGAAAAAAAAUAUUGAAAAUAUUUUCACAAAAUAUCAUUGAGUCAAAAGUUAGUGUCAUGUAAGCGGAGCCUGGUUCUCUGAUCGUGCCAAUUUUCUUAUCAAUCGUAAGGAUAUUAUUUAAUUACUCACUCGAUUGACCGUUAGUGGGUUGAAUUGCUGGGGAGGGCUGUCGUGAUGUCGAUUCCAGAUUUCAGAGGGACAUCGGUACUCCCUGGAGAUGUCCAGGAAGAGGAGCCCCAGUCUAUGACGAAAAGUGCUUUCGAGAGUCUCGGAAUUGAUCUGGAUAAUGGAAAACCCAAGUUCAGGCUCAAUGAGCCUGUGCUCUCCGGUGCUUGUUCCCUGAGGAGUCAGCAUUUUAAUCAUGAAGAGGACGAUGAAGAAACUUCCUUCGUAGUCCUGGGGAAGAGCUCCAUGGAUUUCGUUAAUUCUGCAUCCCUGGCGGUUUACGAGCAAAUCAAAAAGCAGAGUUUAGCUAUCGACACAUCGAUUGUGUCCACUCUGAGUCACGAGGAAAUUGAGAAGGCGGUCGUGGAAUUACUCCAGGAGAAUCAGAAAUUGAAGGACACUCUCUCUCAGAACAACAACACCAUGAAGCACCAUUUCAACACUUUAGUGUCAUAUCAGGAGGAGUUAAAGAAGGUCCAUGAGAAUCACAAGCAAAAAUUCGCAGAGACACGGGACAUGAUUACACUUUUGAAGAACGAAAAUGAACAAUUGAAGACAAGAUUAACGAUGGACGCCUCAAUGAUGAGCUCAAAAUUUUCAGGAGAAAUGAUCGAUGAAUUUAUCAGCCAAAGCCAUCAAAGGAAGAUCGAAUGUCCCUCUUUGUUCCCAGAGUCUUCUCUGAGUCUAGAGGAAGUAGCAGACAGUAUUACAGCCGAGCCCUCUGCAUUAUCAAGAAUAUCAGUUUUAGCUCAAAACGCUCAGAGCCGAAGGAAUGAGUCAUCCCUGUCCAAGACAACCAUCGAAAAAUCCCCUCAACCUAGCAUGGAUUAUCAGCAGGAAAUAAUCAACGCCUUGAAGAAGCAGAUAAAAAUUCUGAGUGAGAACUCCUUUGCUCCUCUGCAGCUCAACGUGGACUCGGAUAAUUCAGACGGGAAACAUAGCAAACAGUUCCUGGAUAAUUUUACUCAUUACAACAAGAAGCUCGGGGCUUUGGCUAAAUGCUACACUGAGCAGAUGAGUCGUUUCACUGAGAUUCAGGAGUGCCUAAAGAGUUGCAUCGAGACCCUGGACUAUUAUGAGAAUUUCGAACCCUCUGAACUCUCCUUCGACACAAGAUUGAAGCACAAACAGACCUUGGAUAAUGUACGUCGAGAACUCAUUGAGGAGCAGCUGAAGAACAUCAGCGAGAGACAGAACCUGAUAAAAGCUCAAAAACAGUUUGAGAGCAUAUUCUUAGAUUACAAUGCAGCCCUUCACGAAUUAGAUAUUCUUCGAGAGGAAAAUUCGAAGCCAGUGGAACGCAAUGUCACCCAGGAACCAGGCAAUCUGAAUCUGCUGAAGGAGAAAAAGAUGAUGGAGGAAGCGAAGGAGAGGUUUGAACUCGAGAAGAAGAGUUUUUUGGCUGAGAAGACGAUCUUCGAGCUGGAAAUUGAGUCUCUCAGUAGAGAGAAGGCUUCUCUCAAUACUCAGAGUAUGUUGUAUGAGGCCCAGAUGCAGACUCUUCAAGAAAAUUGUAAAGCCCUGGAGAAGCGACACAACGACCUGGUGUCGAAGGUAAUGAGGCUCAAAGAGGCGAUUGAGGAAAAAGAUAUCGAACAAAACAGAUUACGAGCUCAAUUGGAAGUAGCAAAGGAUGAUCAAGAUCAAAUUGAGCACUUGCGAGCACAAAUGGAGAGCUACAAACUUGACUUCGAGGAGGAGAGGAUAUCACGGCAAGAUUUGCUAAAGGAGCGAGACACAUUGACAACUUCGUUGGCAACAAUUCGAGAGUAUAAUCAACAAUUGCUCCAGAAAAUUAAUGGCCCUAAUCCUGCUUCAGUACACUCACCGAAUGAACCAGAUAUGUCCGUUGACGGGAUCCCCUUUGAUGCAUUCUGCAUUUCUUGUGGAUUGUAUAAAAUGCCAGGGCAGUGGCAUGGUCCAGGACUUUGCCAACCAUUUGAUGAAUUGUAGAAGAAACCCAAGAGACCCUUAACAGAAUUAGUAAUAGAAAUAAAAAUGUGAUUAAUCUAUGAUUUUUCUCUCUAAUUGUGAUUUAAUCAUAUG